AUGCCGGAGACGGACGACCUCGCCACGCUCAACAGUCUCGAUGACGCCGCGGUGGCCAGCAUCCUCGAGGAUCGCUACAGCCGCCGCCGCAUCUACACGCGCGUCAACUCGAUGCUCAUAAGCAUCAACCCAUACGAGGAGCUCGGGCUGUACUCGACUGCCGUGCUCGACGAGUACUGUCGCGUGGGAAACGGAGGGCCGCCGCCGCCGCCGCACGCCUUUGCCGUUGCAGCCGAGGCGUUCAGCGGGCUGCUGAGCUCGCAGUCGCAGUCUGUGCUGGUUACAGGCGAAUCUGGAGCUGGCAAGACGGAGACCUGCCGGCGUCUGCUGCAGUACCUCGCGCACGCCGCGAACCGCGGUGGCGCCGCUGACACGCGCGCGCUGCACGAGGCGCUUAGCCAGACCAGCUGCGUGCUCGAGGCGUUUGGCAACGCGCGGACCGUGAUGAACGACAACUCCUCGCGGUACGGCAAAUUCCUGACGCUCCGGUACGACAAGACGGCGCGCUUGCAGGGCGCCUCCUUCUCGACCUUCCUCCUCGAGCAGACAAGGGUCGUGCGAGUCGCGCCCGCCGAGCGCAGCUUCCACGUCUUCUACGCCCUGCUCGCAGGCCUCUCCUCGACGGAGGCCGCCGAGCUGCAGCUCGACUGCCUCGCCCCGAACGGGUACACAUACAUCGCGACGUCCGACGCCGUUGGCGGCCCGGCUGCCGCCGACGAGGCUGCUCGCGACGCCUCGGCGCUAAGCGAGAUUGGCGCCGCGCUCGAGUUGCUCGGCACGCCGCGAGCGACGCAGUGGCAGGCGUGGCGCGUGCUGGCGGCGGUGCUGAGGCUGGGGAAUGUGGUCGUUUCGGCGGCGGCGGACGGCGGCACGGAGGUGUGGAAGCAGGCGGCCGCGCAGCUUCUCGGCGUCUCGCACACGGCGCUCUCUUCGGCAGCGGGCGGGGAGUUCAUUCAGACCCCUCAGACGUGCGCCGCCGCCGCAGAGGCGCUGUACAGCCGACUCUUCGACCGGCUCGUCGCAGCCAUCAACGACUCGCCGCAGGUUGCCGGCUCGGACGGCGGCGGCGAGGGCGGAGGAGGGAGCGGCGCGGGGCCGUUUGUCGGGCUGCUCGACAUCUUCGGCUUUGAGGACUUCGAGUCCAACUCGCUCGAGCAGCUCCUGAUCAACUUCAGCAACGAGCAUCUGCAGGCCAUCUUCAAUUCGAUCAUCUUCAGCGCGGCGCAGGCCGAGGCCGAGGCCGAGGGCGUGCCGCCGCCGCAGUUCGACGCCGAGGCGGUCUCGAACGUCUCGACCAUCGCCCUCUUCUCGGCGCCGCACAGCGGCCUGUUUGCCCUCCUCAACGAGGAGUGCGUCUUCCCCAAGGGGACGGACGAGUCCUUCGUCGCCAAGCUGCACGCGGCGAACAAGGAGCACUCGCGCCUCUCCGUGCUGCAGCCCGAGGGCUCCGCCUUCCGCGUCGCCCACUACGCCGGCAGCGUAAAAUACCAGGCCAGUGGCUUCUUAAACAAGAACAAGGCCCGGACCCGCCUCCUUCCUCGCGAGCCCUUCGUCGCAACGCUCUUCGCGCAAGAGGCGGCCGCGCCUCAGGCGAGUGCCUAG